AUGGAAGAGAAGAGGAAUUUGGGUCCAGAGUUGGUUCAGGAGGUUGAGGAUAAGGUUGGUGAUAAGGUAUAUCUGAAGGUUUCACCGUGGAAGAAAGUUUUGAGGUUCGGGCGAAAGGAACGUAUUCAUGACAUUUUCCAUGUUUCCAUGUUACGAAAGUACAAAUCUGAUCCUUCUCACGUUGUUCCUGCUAAGGAGAUCGAGGUUCGAUCUGAUAUUUUGUACGAGGACGAAUCGAUUGCGAUCCUAGAUCGUGAGGUCAAGGUGCUACGUAAUAAGACAGCUCCAUUGAUGAAAUUUUUGUGGCGCAACCACAAGAUUGAGGAAGCCACCUAA